UGCUCCCAGGAGGGCCUGGCCCUGGUGCAUGUUGGGCUCAGGGUUUCAGCCCUGCCCUUCCUGGGCCUGCCCCAGCUCCAGCUGUUGUCCCCCUGGGCUUGCCCCAUCUGCCCCUGCCCUCCUGCAGCGAGGCUCAUCCACACCUCAUAGCCUUGCCUCUGCUCCUUCAUUCCUUCCCCCACUUGCCUGCAGGGCCUGUUUGCUUGGGAGCCAGCCUCACAGCUGCCCUCACGCUUUCCAGGUCCUGCCCUAGCUGCCGUGGCUUCUCUCCCCACUUUUGUGCUUCCUUUCCAUCCCCAGUGCAUCCCAGCCUGCCGUCAUGCUAGGGCCUCCGCUUCCCUUCCUUUUCCCCAGUAGCACCGGCUCCUGCGACCCUCGUGUGCCAAGUAUGUGCGUGCCCUGCUACUGCGCCAGCUCCUCCAACAGCCCUGUAUUUUAUACGCCGUGUAUGACCAGGCUGGGGAAGGCUGGAGCUGGGCUGGGCGGUGCUGGCCCCUUCUUGCCCCUCUCCGUGCCCUUGGCAGCACUUGCCCCAUGCGGCUCUCUGGGACCGGCUACCGGUGAGGCACCGACCAGGCGCUGCGCACGGACCAAGGGAAGAUGCAGGCGACAGGCUGCCUGGGGGUCCCGACCCUCCACAAGCUGCCCAGCGUGUUCAUGGUGGCAGCCCUGCUGGGGCUCCUGCCUUUGCUUCACAGCCAUGGCUUGCAGCCGAACCCUAUGCUGGCCUCGGAGGCACCCCACCACUACCCAGCAGUGGUCCGGGGCAACGAGCCGGGGGACUUCACGUCUGCCCCCCCUGGCAUCUCAGAGGAGAUUCACCCUCUGAGCAAGCACUCCAGCAACCACACAGGCAAUGGGCACAGCAAGCCUGAGAAAGCUUUCCCCGUCCUGGGCAUUGACUACACCCGCAUCCGGAUCCCCUUUGAGAUCUCGCUCUGGAUACUCUUGGCCUGCCUCAUGAAACUGGGUUUCCACGUCAUUCCCUCCGUGUCCAACAUUGUGCCGGAAAGCUGCCUGCUCAUUGUGGUGGGCCUCCUGGUCGGGGGGCUCAUCAAAGGCGUGGGGGAGAGCCCCCCCAUCCUGAACUCCGAAAUCUUCUUCCUCUUUCUCCUCCCACCCAUCAUCUUGGAUGCCGGCUACUUCCUGCCCCUGCGCCAGUUCACGGAGAACCUGGGCACCAUCCUCAUCUUCGCUGUGGUGGGGACGCUGUGGAACGCCUUCUUCCUCGGCGGGCUGAUGUACGCGGUGUGCCAAAUCGGCGGCACCGGCCUCAAUCACAUCGGCCUCCUGGCCAACCUGCUCUUCGGCAGCAUCAUCUCGGCCGUGGACCCCGUCGCGGUGCUCGCCGUCUUUGAGGAGAUCCACAUCAACGAGCUCCUGCACAUCCUGGUGUUUGGGGAAUCCCUGCUCAAUGAUGCUGUCACCGUUGUGCUCUACCACCUCUUUGAGGAGUUUGCUAACAUCAAACAAGUGACCAUCAUCCACAUCCUCCUGGGCUUCAUCAGCUUCUUCGUGGUGUCCCUGGGCGGUGUCUUCAUCGGCAUCAUCUACGGGAUCGUUGCAGCCUUCACCUCCCGCUUCACCUCCCAUAUCCGUGUCAUCGAGCCCCUCUUCGUCUUCCUCUACAGCUACAUGGCUUACCUGUCGGCUGAGCUCUUCCACCUCUCCGGCAUCAUGGCGCUCAUCGCUGCCGGCGUGGUCAUGCGCCCGUAUGUGGAGGCCAAUAUCUCCCACAAGUCCCAUACCACCAUCAAGUACUUCCUGAAGAUGUGGAGCAGCGUCAGCGAGACGCUUAUCUUCAUCUUCCUCGGCGUUUCCACUGUGGCGGGCAAGCACUACUGGAACUGGACCUUUGUCAUCAGCACCCUGCUCUUCUGCCUCAUUGCCAGGGUGUUAGGUGUCUUGGGCCUCACCUGGUUCAUUAACAAGUUCCGCAUUGUGAAGCUGACCCCCAAGGACCAGUUCAUCAUCGCCUACGGGGGCCUGAGAGGGGCCAUCGCCUUCUCGCUCUGCUACCUCCUGGAUUACUCGCACUUCAACAUGAGGGACAUGUUCCUCACGGCCAUCAUCACCGUCAUCUUCUUCACUGUCUUCGUGCAGGGCAUGACCAUCCGCCCGCUGGUGGACCUGCUGGCCGUGAAGAAGAAGCAGGAGACAAAACGCUCCAUCAACGAGGAGAUCCACACCCAGUUUCUGGACCACCUCCUGACUGGGAUUGAGGAUAUCUGUGGUCACUACGGCCAUCACCACUGGAAAGACAAGCUGAAUCGCUUCAACAAGAAGUACGUGAAGAAGUGCCUGAUCGCGGGCGAGCGCUCCAAGGAGCCCCAGCUCAUCGCCUUUUACCAUAAGAUGGAGAUGAAGCAGGCCAUCGAGCUGGUGGAGAGCGGGGGCAUAGGCAAGAUCCCCUCAGCAGUCUCUACAGUCUCCAUGCAAAACAUCCAUCCCAAGACCUUGCCUGUGGAGCGUAUCCUCCCGGCCCUGUCCAAGGACAAGGAGGAGGAGAUCAGGAAGAUCCUGCGUAACAACCUGCAGAAAACCAGGCAGAGGCUGCGAUCCUACAACCGGCACACACUGGUGGCCGACCCCUACGAGGAAGCCUGGAACCAGAUGUUGCUGCGGAGGCAGAAAGUCCGGCAGCUGGAGAAGAAGAUGAACAAUUACCUGACGGUCCCGGCUCACAAGGUCGACUCGCCCACUAUGUCCAGGGCUCGCAUUGGCUCAGACCCAAUGGCCUACGAGCCCAAGCCGGACUCGGAGAACCUCCCCAUCAUCACCAUUGACCCUGCAUCGCCCCAGUCCCCGGAGUCAGUCGACCUGGUGAACGAGGAGAUGAAGGGCAUGAGCCGCCUGCCGCCAUCACCCGAGGAGGAUGAGGAGGGCCUUGUGAUGCGGGUCAAGGAGCCGUCCUCCCCGGGCACGGACGACGUCUUCACCCCGGGGACCAGUGACAGCCCCAGCAACCAGCGGAUGCUGCGGUGCCUGAGCGACCCCGGGCCUCGGCCGGAGCCGGAGGAGGGGGAGCCCUUCAUCCCCAAGGGGCAGUAGCAGUGGGCAUGCAGCCGGAUCCGGCCUGGAGGGGUGCCGUUGCAUACGUGUGGAUUGUCUCUUUCCCCGGGUUCCCCUGCCCCUGGGUGCUGGGUUUCAGGCUGGGGGGGGCACUGUGGACAAGGAGGAAGAGGAGACCCCCGUGGG